AUGAACUUGGAUCUGGCUCCUACAACCUGUGGAAAACAUUCUGUACAAGAUGUUCUGCUGAGACAUGAUCCAAUGUGCAAGAAAGCCUUCAGUGGAAAGUGCAAGCCCUUCAGUAUUUUGAAACAGAGACUGCAGGGAACAGAAAUCAUCACUGAGAAGAAGCAGGCCCCACAAAAGCUAUAUAACACUAUUGUUUCCUCCAAGGACAAAGCCUGGAUGUUACGGAUGAGUCUCACAUAUGUGCUUGACCGGGUGCCAAAUUCUUUCCUCCCCCUCCCUGUGCUGCUAGUGUUUGGGAAUAUUUCUCUGUUGAGAAGCCAAAUCAGUAGGUGUCAUGACUACCCUGGACUGGAAGCAGAGGAUUUUGUUAAUACUUUUCAAUCAGCCAAGCAGGUCACAAAAGCUCUGAAGGAGGGCCACCCUCUUCCACCUCCUCCCCCGCCAAGAAUGAAUCCAGACUAUAUUCAGUGUCCACACUGCUCACAGCGGUUUCGUGAAGCUGCAGCACAGAGGCACAUGGAGUUUUCUGAAGAACAAGCUGUCUACCAUGCUGCAAAGACCACUGGACAGGCUUCGGACAAGCAGCCAUUGACUCAGAGAAAAACUCCAACAUUAACACCUGCUGUGUUAUCGCUUCUGGAGAGAGUACAAAAAGGUGUCAACACAGACAAACCUAGCCUAGAGACCUCUUUAGAAAUACUGAAGAAAACUGGAAAAUCUUGGGGUGUAUCUACUGGGAAAAAUUCUUCAGGAAAGUUUGGACCGCAAAUGGACAACAGAAGAUAGAGUGGCUGGUUGGCGAGGAUGUGUUAAGGCUUUCUUCUAACACAUUAUGGAAGAUCUCAAGCAACACAAUUUUCCAGUACCACUUCUGCCUGAAGUUCUACAGCUACCACAUUCAAUAAAAUAAGCAAACUGAAAUUCAUUGAUUGUGAGAGUAUUUGUAUUAGUUGCCAAGAUUUAAUUAAAUGAUUGCCUGCAGGGGAUUGCUAUUACCAUGGGUUCAUUAAAUGGUUUAACAAAAUGUAGAAAGAUCCAGUACCAUGUUAUUUUUCCUUUCCCCUAAUGCUUUGAUAUAUUGAACAAGACAAGCCAACAUUCUGGAAUUUCAUGUAAAUAUUUAAUAGAAUCUUGCAGUAAACAAUAAAAUGAUUAAUGAUAGUGAUUGAUAUGUGAUAAAUGGUGGUGUAUACUGUGCAUCUUUUUCAAAGCACUUCAAGUUCAGAUUAAACUCAAACCUCAUUCUUGCAUUAAACACUUAAAUUGCUUCUAGAAAUUGAUUAAUAAGACAGAAAUAUUG